GCGAUUGUCAGUCCCACUCGGAGCGACGUACCGACCGAUCGCCUCGCGCGCCGCUAGCGCUUCAACCCGCGAAUCUAACCUCUCCGUAUACGAACUAUUCCAACUUUGUGUUGCUUACCUUCGCGCCCGCAAGCUUUUAAAUUGAAGAAUCCAUUGGUCAAUUAAGUCGCGUUGAACCAUGACACUGCGUUGACAUAGUAGUCAUAAGUCGUCAUAGUGUGUGAAUGUGGUGUUGGGCGCCCCGGCGAGGACUCAGCGGCGCAUGAGCGCGGGCGCCGCCGCAGCGGAUGUCCACGCCGCUGCCCAAGUGGUGGAUCGUGCAUUUUGGAAUGCCAGCAGCUCUUGACCUAACUAGGUACAAGAGCGGGGUGCGCUCAGUGAGGAGCGGGGCCGGCGGCGGCGCGGAAGAGGCGCGGCGCGGCGGCCUCAAGGCGCUGCCGAAGCGCGCCCGCACCCGCUGCAGGGGCAUGAACAUGGGGCAAAAGCUGUCCGGCGGUGUCAAAUCGGUGUCGCGGGAGUGCUCGGCGCCGUACAAGGCGGUGGUCGCGCGCGAGCUGGCGCCGGAGCCGCCGCGCCCGGCGCGCCUCGACGCGCUGCUCGACGCGCCGCCCGCGCAUCCCGAGAUGCAGCUCAAGCAUGCCUGGAACCCGGGCGAUAGAUCACUAAACAUAUUCGUAAAAGAAGAGGACGCGUUAACGUUUCACCGGCACCCGGUGGCACAGAGCACAGACUGCAUCCGCGGGCGAACGGGGUACUCGCGGGGCCUGCACUGCUGGGAGGUGGUGUGGCCGUCGCGCCAGCGCGGCACGCACGCCGUCGUCGGGGUGGCCACGCAGCACGCGCCGCUACACUCCGUCGGAUACCAGAGCCUAGUCGGCGCUACGGAUCAGAGCUGGGGAUGGGACCUCGGGAGAAAUAAGGUGUACCACAACGCGAAAGGCACGGGCGGCAGCGGGACGACGUACCCCGCGCUGCUGCGGCCCGACGAGCAGUUCAUGGUGCCGGACCGCGUGCUGGUCGUGCUGGACAUGGACGAGGGCACGCUGGCCUUCUGCGCGGACGGCCGCUACCUCGGCGUGGCGGCGCGCGGCCUGCGCGGCAAGACGCUCUUCCCCAUCGUCUCCGCCGUCUGGGGGCACGCCGAGAUCACUAUGAAGUACAUCGGCGGACUCGAUCCGGAGCCGCUGCCGCUGAUGGAGCUGUGCCGGCGCGUGAUCCGGCAGCGCGUGGGGCGGCCGCGCCUGCGCGCCGCGGCCGGGCGCCUCGCGCUCCCGCCCGCGCUCACCGCCUACCUGCUGUACCGCGCGCCCUAGGGCCGCCCCCGCCCCCGCCACCCCCGCCCCCGCCAGCUGCCCGGGUGACGGCCCCACCCGACUACCACUACACCCUACAACGAUACGUUCGUUCGUUGCUUUUUACUCCUCCUAUUUGGUACCUGUUGGUUUUUGGUCAAGAGUACAUGUCCGAAGUCUACUAGAGACGCUGAUGUCCUCGGAUUAUCGCGCCGUUCUCCAUAAACGUUUCUCAUGCAGUGAAGAUAAAUUAAAACAAAAAGACAGACGCCCCUCAAUUUCAGAAGUCGAGAUAUUUACUAAAGUCUUCGACGCCCGCUUCCAGACUUCCUCAAAUUGAAAGAUUUAAAAAAAAUUAUAAAGUUAAACCGAGACAAGUCUGCAACGAUUUUUAUAGCACAGACUUUGCAAAUAUUAUUUCAAACGUCAUACUUCUACGACAUUACGCAGUUAUAUGCUAUCAAAAUCGUUGCUGAGUUAUCUCGGUGUAACUCUACAACACAUAAAAGGACCAAAUAACUUGAGUAAAAGUAAAUGAAUUCAAAUUUGGUUCCCGAUGCGGAACCCCGACUUUAGCGAAUGGAAUUCGUAUGUACAAGCUCACAAGCUCGUCCGUAGACUAUGCCCGUGGUAAGGCGUCCGCUAAACUAACUCAACAAAAAAAAUGUUCGACGAGACAUCAAGCGACUUCCUAUUCUAUCGCUCAGAUUUAGCAAAUUAGAUAUAAAGAGACUUUGCUUACAAUGUGACUACAAACACUCUUGUACGCUCCACGCAGAAACAUCUUUAACCGACAAGUAUAAUAUAUCUGUAAAGUAUUGAUUCUCGUGUACAAUUUAGCUCCAAACGAGCUGAAACGGCUAACAAACUUUUUUUUAAAGAUAUCCUAUAUAUAUUGUCCCUCAAGAUGUAUCUGCAUGACGACGCACCGUUAGGUUUGUUUAGUAAAUAAUAAUAUGACGAAUUGUUACUGAGCGAUAGAAUCUACCAAUCGAUGUCUUCAAAUAGAAGCAUCUUGACUAGUGCAUACGCUAAGAGAACGGUGUUUCAAUGCAGACGUGUAACAUUUAUUUUUCACUAGAACCGUCAGCGCCUAUUCCAAAUGACAUUACCUUGCACUGACUGAUUUUUGUUAAAAUAAAUAUAAUGACGUAGUGGCUAAUGUAAUAGUAACUACAAAUAUGGACGUGAAACCUAUAACACCAAACAAAUAUUGAAAACAAUUUGAUUAUAGAAGACAUAUUUCAUUAUUUUGAUUUGCAACAUACCUUAAAUUUAUUUUUAUUUCAAUAAUUACUGUGAUAAUAUUUUAUUGAUUAAUCAAAGUCAGAAUUUAUAUAAAUAGUGAUGAAUUAUUUUUUCAAGCAAUUAAGUUUGCAAUAUCUCCUAUGCUCCGAAAGGGUAUUCUCAUGAAAUUAAUGUAUAUCGCCUAAUUAAUUUUGAAAUUGUAAUGGUGGGCUAGUUCCGGGUAUCGUUACCUCGAAUCGCGACGAAUUGACGAUUUAUAUACGACACUAUUUAUAAGUUAGAUGUGGCAAUAAAUAUUGCGUUGUAUUUACAUUGUCCUGUAAUGCAAACCGCACGUUUUAAAGCCAUAUUGAUCUCUUAAAUAAUACGAUUUCUGCCGUGACUCUCUCGGGUGACGGCAGAGAGCCGUGUUUCCUCGUUAAGAAGUAUAUUUUAGAACAACAGGCGGAGCCUCACCGCUCACAGCGUGUCGGCCGCCGCUCUAGGCCAGUGUGUAUCGUUGGCGAUCUUACAAACUAUUAUAUAGCUCACUAAGCGACUGGUUUAUUUUUUAGUUUAGUACCUUUAAUUCCUAUGUAAAAAACGUGUGAGUGUGUAAUGUAUAUAAUAUACGCAUUAAUCCGCAGGAAGUUAACAUGUCACCCGGGGAUUAUUUUAGAUGUACAUUUCUGAAACUUGCUUUAAGACGAUUCCUAGUAUGUAUUGGUAUGAUUUGCAAGUCGAUCGCUCCUCGUUAAGUCUUCUGUUUUACGACUUAGUAUGUAGAUUGCAAUUAAAGAUAAAUAGUAUCGUGAAAGCACUGUACUAAUCGACUCGUCAGCCAUUUUUGACCCAAAUUAGUUGUAUCGUAACCUAAAAAUGUGUAAGUACUUCCAUUUUAAUAAGAAUUUUUUCGUAUGUAGACGUACGGCAUGUAGGCGUCCCUCGUGGAAUCCACGUUUUGUACGAUGUUGAUAUUCCCAUUUUAUCUCCGAUAUAAAUAUAUAUUAGACUUACGCUGUUUAGUUGACUGUCGGGAGAUGUUAUUUUUCAACGCAGCAUUAUUUUGUAAUAGUCGUCAGAGUUUCAUGUGAAUAUCGACAUGUUAUACGUAAAUAGACGAUGAUAAACUGCCAAAUGCGAUGAUUGUGUGCGUGCGAGAGCGUGUGCGAGAAUGUGUGCGAGUGUGCGUGAGACGGAGCGUGCGUGCGAGGCGAGGGACGAGUGGCGAGGAAUGUGCGAGGAAGCGCGUUAGAAUGAUAUUUUUGUUGCGUAAGUGAUAUAAUCAUGAUAUACACCAAACUUGAUGUAACUGUUGCCACGGCCCCUUACGAUAAACCCCUCACUGAAGGACCAACGAUUUCUCGUUUCGAAAUACCCAAAGUAUAGUUUGUUUGCAUUCGAAUUCUUUCAUCUUACCUCCCACUUCUCUCUCAUAUCCCAAUAAGGGGUUUACUGUAAAGGAUUGUCACGUUAGUAGCAAAAAGUAACCAUUUGAAUUGUAUGAACCGUCUUUAGUCCUGUAUAUAUAGUUUAUUAUUUUGCGGUGUUUAAUGACUACAUUAUAAGUGGAAAUGCAUUUUAGUUUUAUAAGUUUAGGCAAUAUUUUUAAAAGAUCAUUUCUAACGGAUAACUACGAUUGACAGUCGGAAUCUCUUAGAUACAAUGAUUUAAAAAAAAUAGGAAAACGAUUGGAAUAAAUAUAAAUGGUUAAGAAAAUAAUAAAUGAUAAAGAAUUGAAA